AGUGAGUGAUGCAAAAGAGGGAGAGGGACCAAAGCAAGCAGGGCGGAGCUGUUGGCGGCUCCGCCCCUCCCACGGCCAAGCGUGGCCGCCCAAUCGGCAGCGGAAGCAACAGCGCCGUCGCAGCAGCAGUUACAGCUUCGAUUGCUGGCGCCUCAGAUUCCGCUUCCCCUUCGACUCUUUUCGGUCCAUCUCUGCAGGUCUACUCCGCUUUCGCCGAGCAGAACAACAAAAGGAUAGUAAUGGCUCUUCAAAGUGGUCUGAAGAGUGAGUUGACAUGGGCUUUUAACGCUCUCACGUUGCUUUCAUUCAAGGAGAAAGAUGAAGUCCGAAGGGAUUCAACUCCUCUUGCCAAGAUUCCUGGAUUACUCGAUGCUCUACUUCAGAUUAUUGAUGAUUGGCGUGAUAUUGCCCUGCCGAGGGUUCUAACAAAGGCGCCAAGGGUGAGAUUGCUGGGCAACAAUUCUGUAGCUACGGGGUUUGGAAAUGAAUAUGAGUCCUUAACUUCGAGUGAUACCCUGCAUCCUAAUGGUGGCUCUGGUUUUGCGAACAAGGAGGUCUCUGUUGUACAGAAGACUGCUGCCAGGCCUCGCCCUUCUGGUUGGUGGUUUGAGGAAGAUGGCCUCUUCAAUCUGGACGAGGAAGGGCGAGCGGAAAAGCAGCAAUGUGCAGUGGCUGCUUCAAAUAUUAUUAGAAACUUCUCGUUUAUGGCUGAGAAUGAAAUUGCAAUGGGCCAAAAUCGUCAUUGUCUUGAAACAAUGUUCCAGUGUUUAGAAGAUUAUAUUACAGAGGAUGAAGAACUCGUCACAAAUUGCCUGGAGACAAUCAUGAACUUGGGUCCGUUGAUUGAUCUUCGUACAUUCAGCUCAUCAAAGCCUUCAUACAUCAAAAUCACAGAGAAACGUGUUGUGCAAGCCAUCAUGGGAAUUCUGGGAUCUGCUGUCCGAAGCUGGCAUUGUGCAGCUGCGGAUCUGCUUGGUCGCUUGAUCCUUAACCCUGAUAACGAGCCUUUCCUUCUGCCAUUCGUUCCGCAGAUGUUCAAACGGCUUAUUGAUAUUAUGAGCUAUCCAGCCGGCGAUGUUCAAGCCGCAGCAAUCGGCGCAUUAUACAACUUAGUAGAGGUUAACAUGGAUUGUCGAUUAAAACUCGCUAGCGAGAGAUGGGCAAUUGAUAGGUUGUUAAAGGUGAUUAAAGCCCCGCAUCCAGUGCCAGAAGUUUGUAGGAAAGCGGCGCUGAUUUUGGAGAAUCUCGUGUCGGAGCCACAGAACAAGCCCCUAUUGUUAGCCUACGAGAAUGUGUUUGCGGACAUGUUAUUCUCGGACACAAGGUACGCCGAUACUUUCGCCCGGAUAUUACAUGAACUGACUUCCCGACCGGGCAACAAAGUAGCAUCUGCUCGCGGUAUUUGGGGCAUGUAAGGAAGUUGUACUACUUAGCUUCAUUAGUUUUAUGUAAAGCUGUGUUUGACUUAACAGAUUGUGCCGAUAGCUCGGCUGUUGUAUUUAAGCAGAUAUAUAUUUAAUAGCUUUAGAAUUAUGUCAAAUUCGUCGAAUCAAAUAUUCCCUCCAUCACUCAAAUUUAGAGACGUUUCAUUUGUCCUCA